AUUAUAGUGAGGAUAACACAACAUUAUGUAAAGUUGUAUAAGGACGAUGAAGAAAAACAUUUAUCAGGCACCAUAAUAAAUAUAUCUAUAUGUAUUACGUUCAGAAGCAUACAUACUUCUUUUUUAAUUAUUAUUAAAAAAAAUGUGGCUGUAGCUCUUUGGGAGGCAAGAAUUGCAUUACUUUCUGUCUGUCCUAAUUUGAUUUCAAUUACAUCAUCUAGUCUUCAUAAUCAUCUUGGAUAUUAUAUAUCCCUUACUCUCAAGAAAUUAAACAAAUUUGUUGCUGCUAGAACGUCAGAGAAAAACUUACAGACACGUAGUGGAAGCAAUAUUGGAAUGGAAAUCAGAUAA